CGUUAUCCCAUUACCUUCAAAAUAUCCACAAAAAUGUCUACACACUACUACACUCUCUCUUCUUCAACUUUUCUUUUUUCUUCAAAACCAAUUUCUCCACUUACAAAAAUCCAAUCUCUCCACUUGAAAAAAUCCUUCUUUAUUACCUCCUCAUCAUCUCUCCCAUCAUCAACAGCAACCACAUCACCACCUUCAUUGCAGACAUUUUGGCAGUGGCUGAGUGAUCAAGGCGUUGCGACAGGCAAGGCCCCAGCUAAGCCUGGUCUCGUUAAAGAAGGCCUGGGGCUGAUAGCCCACAGAGACAUUGCAAGAAACGAUGUUGUUUUGGAAAUACCAAAGAAACUCUGGAUAAACCCAGAUGCAGUUGCAGCUUCUGAUAUUGGGAGUGUGUGCAGUGGAUUGAAGCCUUGGAUAUCUGUUGCUCUGUUCUUGAUCAAAGAGAAGGGGAAGAAGGAGGGUUCUAAAUGGUGGCCUUAUUUGGAUAUACUUCCUCACAGUACUAACUCAACUAUAUAUUGGUCAGAAGAGGAACUUGCUGAGCUUCAAGGAACUCAACUGCUGCGAACAACGUGGAAUGUAAAAGAAUAUUUGCAGCGUGAAUUCGUAAAAGUACAAGAAGAAAUUCUUAUCCCUCAUAAGAAGCUUUUUCCUUCCCCUAUAACAUUGGAUGACUUCUUCUGGGCAUUUGGGAUGCUCAAAUCAAGGGCAUUUUCUCGUCUUCGUGGUCAAAAUCUUGUUUUGAUUCCCCUUGCAGAUUUGAUCAACCACAGCCCUGACAUAACAACAGAAGAUUAUGCUUAUGAGAUUAAAGGAGGAGGUCUUUUCUCUAGAGACCUCCUGUUUUCUCUCAGGUCGCCCAUUUCAGUCAAGGCCGGUGAGCAGGUUCUGAUCCAAUAUGAUGUAAAUAAGAGCAAUGCUGAGUUGGCUCUUGAUUAUGGCUUCAUAGAAACAAAGCCUGGUCGCAAUACAUAUACCUUAACACUUCAAAUAUCCGAGUCGGAUCCAUUUUUCGGAGACAAGCUGGACAUUGCUGAAACAAAUGGUCUGGGAGAGACUGCAGAUUUUGACAUUGUCUUGGGCAGUCCUCUUCCGCCGACAUUGCUUCCGUAUUUGCGGUUGGUAGCACUUGGGGGAACCGAUGCUUUCCUCUUAGAAUCUAUUUUCAGAAAUACCAUCUGGGGCCACCUUGAAUUACCAGUUACUCGUGCCAAUGAGGAACUCAUAUGCCGAGUAGUCCGAGAUGCUUGUAAAGCUGCUCUUUCAGGAUAUCACACUACUAUUGAAGAGGAUGAAAAACUAGGAAGAACAGAUCUUAACCCAAAGCUCGAGGUAGCAGUGGGUAUUAGAGCAGGGGAAAAGAAGGUUCUGCUGCAAAUUGAUGAAGCUUUCAAGCAAAGGGAAUCGGAAAUGGACGAGUUUGAAUAUUACCAAGAAAGGAGACUUAGAGAUCUUGGUCUAAUGGGGGAGCAAGGUGAGAUUAUAUUCUGGGAGGCCAAAUAGAGAACUGCUCCAAAUGUGUUCACAACAUAGCUUUUUAAAGAGAGGUCUGGCAAGCUACUUAUCAGAGAUUUUGUAUCAUUUGUUUACUAGUGAUUUAUUUCUGCUACGUCUUUGAUUUUUCUGUGCUACUUACACAUUGCAUGUAUAUUGAGCAUAAUUCAUACAUCCAAAGGUAGUUUAGCUGUUCUUCUCCACUAAA